UUCCAGACGAGGGCAAAUCCUCGUUGUUCUUGACGCCAAUUCAAAGAGAGAUCGAGGAUCCCAGUCCAGGGACACUUUUUAGUUCAACACACCUGGAGCCAGCUUAUUCCUUCAUCCAUUUCAAACAAACUAAAGAACACACACCAACAAAUAGACCCUACAAAAAGAAGCCUGAUUUGGACAGCUGUAAUUUUCCACCAUGUGUUCUCAUAAUGGAUUGUUAAUGAUGCUGCUGUUUCAUCUUUGCCAGGCACAAGAUGAUGCUCUCCCCUCUCCUGACCCCGAGCCAGCCCCACCAAACCUGGGUGAAAUGAUUGAUGCAGUGAAGGCAGCCUUUGAGCAGGCGGUACAGAUCUCGACAACCGGUACCGUACGCGAGGCCUUGGAGCAGGUUGUAGGUGAACUCGUGCCACAGAAGACUCAGGCAGAGCAUUCACCAGCAGUUGGGACCGAAGCAGAUUAUACAACAGAAGAAGCAGCUAAAGAGGAGGCAGUGGUGCUCACUGCAGGAGAACCACAUGUCCUUAUGUCAGAAUCAAGUGAACAGACAUCUCAGCAACCAGCUCAAGAAGGACUGACUCAAGAUACAGAACCUGCAGACGAGAUUCAAGGACUAGCCAAGUCCUCAACUUCAAAGCCAGAAGAGAAAUCCGAAGAGAAACCAGUGGAGCUGGUUCUUGAGACAGUGGAAUCAAUUUUGCAAGACCAUGACAUUGUUGAAGUGGGUAAACCAAUGGCAGAGGAAAGCCAUUCAGAGAAAUCAACCGUCCAGCUGUAUACUGAUACACAAAAAGAAAACGAAUCAGAAAGAGGAGCUUUGGAAAUGAACAAGGGAAGCAAGGAGGCUGAAGACAGAGAUUUAGAAGACCCAGAAAAGGGAUUUAUUGAAAAAGAGCCUCAGUUGUCUGAAACGGAGGAAAAGACUGCAAAAGGGGAACUGGAGAACGUAGAGGUGCCAAUAGAGGUAAAAGUACAAGGACCAGAAGAAGAAGACUCUGUGAAAAGGCAAGAUACAGAAUGGGCUACAGAAUCAGAGCAUAGUCAAGAGGAAUGGCAGGCAGUAACAGCACAGAUGGGUACAGAUGGUGGUGUGGCUGAUAUGGAUGAAGUAGAACAGGAAGAGGAAGAACAGGAAGUAGCAAAGUCUCAAGAAGGUGUGACUGAAGUUAAAGCAAGAAGAGAGGAGGAAUAUUCCAGAUCUGAGGCACAACUCCAGAAAGUUUCAACACAGGAGGAGGUUCCCCCAUCCGCCAACACAGUACCAGAGAAAACUCAACAGGAACCCGGUAAUGAAUCUAUAAUUAAGUGCAUUUAACACCCCAAACAACUUCAAACUAAAAAUCGUGAUACAUUUCAAUCUCCAACCAUUAAGCUACAGUUGCUGUAAUAUUUUCUAGAGCAGUUCUACUCCAUAGUUUUAGUUAGCUAUUGUUUCCCAAUUGUGAUGGUGUUUUCCUCCCUCGAGUCUAAUGCAAUUAGACUUUCACUGUCUGAUCAUUGUACUUACAAUAUUCAGCAAAGCAAUUAAGCUGCCUAAGGGCAUCCCUUCAGUUUAUAGCAGCGAAAAGGCUCAUAACAUGUGUCUCUGAAGAUGACUGGCUCCUGGGUGCACUCUGAGUCAUCUAUCCACCAUUAAUUAUACAGUCACGCUGAA